GACUUUGGUAACUACGCCUUCAACUACGAUAUUGUUGACCCAGUUGGAGCUACCAAUGGCCGUUGGGAGGCUGGAGACGGAUAUGGAAACAAACGUGGAGCCUACAGUCUGACUGACAUCGACGGUCGUGCCCGCAGAGUUGAAUAUGUUGCUGAUGGUGCCGGUUUCCGUGCUGUUGUAAAGACCAACGAACCAGGUACCGCCGCUAGUGCUCCUGCAGCAGCCGUUGUGGCCUCCAGCCAACCAGGUGUUGUCGCUCACGGACCUGCUUUAGUGAAAACUGCUGUUGCUGCUCCUGCCUUUGCUGCCCCUGUUGUUGCUCCUGCUCUUGCUGCUGCUCCUGCUCUUGCUGCUGCUCCUGCUGCUGUUUAUGGAGCUCCUGUUUUAGCUGCUGGAGCCUAUAAAGCCCCUGCCUUUGCUGCUGGUCUCUACGGAGCACCCGCUAUUGCUGCUGGCGCUUACGGUUUUCCCGCCUAUGGAGGAGGUCUAUACGGAGCUGGACUUUUGAAAUACCACUAAAUACUUAUGUUUUGAUGAUUGAUAUAAAACUGUCAUGUAGCUAU